AAGAAACCUAAAAAGUGGAGAAACCCGGUAGCCACUAGAACCCGGUAGAGUUUCGUAGUUCUUCCACAGUGCAGUGUAAUGAAAUUGAGGAUGAAACAUACAGGCAUACCUGUUGUAAAACUGCAUUCUCCAGAUGUCAUAAGCUCCUGAAUCAUGUCUAAGGUGCCAGGCUCAUGUGGCUUUCCAAUUCUUGGAGACAAGUCUAUAGACUUUUAUAGGGACCCCGUUCAGUUUGUCUCCAAAAACAUACAACAGAACAAGAGCCGGGUUUUCUGUGCCAGAUUUCUUAACAUUCCUACUGUCUUCAUUGGAUGCAAUGAAACAAUUAGAAAACUUCUCACAGAUGGCUCCGAGUCCACAGAUCUUGGCUAUAAACAGUUUAUGGGAGAAAUAUUUGGAGACAACAUCUUGUUCUCAGAUGGAGAUCUAGCCAGAGAGACUCGGACCUCUUUGUCCCAGCUUUUCUGUCCCGCUUCCCUGGAUUCCUACCAGGCCACCAUAUCGAGAAUUGUCGAGGACAGAGUACAUCAGCUGGGCUGCCUAUGUGAGGUAUCCUUGUACACCUUUAUGAAGUCGUUGUGUACAGAAAUCUGUCUCAGCCUCUUCUUAGGGAUGGACUUCAAAGACGCAGAAGAAACUGCUGAAAAGAUCAUCGACUUGACGACCACCCAUUGGCAUGGUAUUAUUUCUGUUCCUGUGUCCAUCAAACUCCCGCUGGCGGGAGGAUCAUCCUUCUGCAGAGCUUUGGAAGCCAAGGAUGACCUACUGGGCAUAAUAAAACAGAAUAAAUCUAAUGGCACAUCUCACUUCCCAAAACGAAUCCAGCAGUGUCCACUCGGAACUCGGGGAGAUUUCGUUGAUAAUCAUCUCCUUCUGUUUACAUCAGCAUUGGUUCCUAAGGCGCUGUCCUCAAUAUUGACCUCACUUCUGAUCCAGAUUGGAAGUCAUCAGACAGACAGACAGACCAGCCUGUUGGAGGAUGAGAAAGAGCUGGAGGCGGUAUUGUUGGAGGUUCAGAGAAUGUUUCCCCCAUUCUUAGGAGGACGACGAGUAGCCAACCAGAAUUUCAACCUGAACGGUUACCACAUUCCCAAGGGGCAUGCUCUAGUGUACAUGUCUUACCAUGGUCACAGAGAUCCCAGAAUAUUCCAGUUCCCAGACCAGUUUAAUCCAGAUCGAUGGAAGGAAAGCAAUGUAGAAGACAAGGAUCGGAUUUUUUGUUUCGGGGCGGGACCCCGAGGAUGUGUAGGGCAGCGACUGGUAUGGAAUAUACUGAAGACGAUAGUUCGAGAGCUACUACGGAGGUACUCUAUAAAAGUCAAAGACGAUCAGGAUCUUAGUCACAAAUGGCUUCCUGUCACAAGGCCAAAGUCAGAAGUCAAGGUCAAAUUCAUAGAGAAAACAAGGUCAUAGGUCAACCUUAAUAAUUACCAAUAUCUACCUGUAUUUUUAUUAUGUAUGUUUCUGUUAUUUAUUAUGUUUUAUUGACAGUGUUUCUUUCUGAUCUGACAAUCCUGAGAGUGUUUAAUCAGAAUUUAUUUGACUGUGUGUAGAUCAGUUGGAUUUGAUUUUCAAUUUUCAAUUUUCGAGAGACCAUAUCUCGAGAUCUGUGUCAAAUCACAAGAAUAUAAAUGCAUGAUUCUAGUCCAUGACAAUACAUUCGUAUUAAACAUUUACACAAACAUUAAGAUCACCCAGACAAGGGAGAUGCAAUAUAUAUACAUGUAUAUAAAUAGUGUGUGUUUCUUGCUAUCAAAGUAUUGAUAUUAAAUGUUAUAAAAAUACUGACAACUACAGACUGAGCUGAUUGAGGGCAAUACUGUAAAUAAGGGACAUUUGAAGUCCAUUAAUUGUGUGAUGUGUCUGAUGUAAUAACUAACUGCCUGUGUUAUAAUUUCUUACUGUUAUUAAUGAUACAAUUUUGAUAUAAGUUUGGGUUUUUUUCCAGUGAUUUUUUACUGGCAUCAGAUCUGUGAAGUUUGUAGUGUUUAAUUUGAUAUUACUUUUAUGAUAAUCAUUCUAUUAUUUCAUUGAAUACUUAAACCAUUGUGAUGACAUCAGAUCUAUGGAGUUUGUGGUGUUUAAUUUGAUAUUACUUUUUUGAUUAUCAUUCCAUAUCAUUGAAUACUUAAACCACUGUGAUAGCUCUCUUGUGAUUGUACAUUGAACAAAUUUUAUUUUGUAUUUUAUUUUUCUAACAAAGUACAUCUUUGAUGUUGAACCACCAUUGAUAUUGGUUUAGACCACCAUUUUGAGAUCUACUUUCACAUUUUGUGCAUGGUUUUACUUUCACAUUUGUGCAUGGUUUUACUUUCACAUUUGUGUAUGGUUUUACUUUCACAUUUAUGCAUGGUUUUAAUUUCACAUUUGUGUAUGGUUUUACUUUCACAUUUGUGAUCUAUACAAUCACUGUAGGCACUCUUUCUAAUCAAAGCUAGUUUUUGUGCAAGUGGUCAGUUAACAGGUUUUAAAUGUAGUAACAAUGAUAUAUAUAUAUAUAUAUAUAUAUAUAUAUAUUUAUUUUUUUUUAAAUUUUGUUAGAACACUGCAAUUUUAAAAAAAAAAAUGAUCCAAUAGAUUGUUAAGAGAAGAAGAGUACAGUUUUGUGGAGAGGACAUUUAUAGGCAUAUAGCCUGCUGUCCAAUCCUAUAUAAAUGCAAAUUCAUUGUAUAAUAUACAAUUAUGGACUGUUUAGCAGGGAGACGUCACAAAUCCUGUACUUAUAUGCACAAUUGUCUCCCUUCUCUUGACCAGCCCGCGACCAAUGAAAUUGACUGUAUUAUUCUGAAGGAUAGUAAUUGCUUACACUUAUAUCUUGUAAAUCUAACUUAGCUGUUUCUGUUUGAAAUAUAGGGUAUAGAUUCCUAUAGUGUGUUGAAGGGUCACCAACAAAUUUCAUCUAUUAUUAUUAUUAUCUAUUUUGUCACAAUUUGCAUAGAGAAUUAUUACUGACAAUUUAUUGUUUAAAUGUGAAUAUUCAAUAUUGUGUCUAGAAUUUACCAAGAAUGUGAUAUUAAGGAAAUAUUUUAAUAUAUCUUUUUCUCUCUAGAAACCUGCUUGAUCUGCAUAUACUUUUCUUCCUCUUUCAGAAGAAUUAAUUUUAUAUAGCACUUUAUCAUUUCAAUUAUGAUCUCUUCGAUAUUGUGGCAAAAUGUACACCAACUUCGAUCUCAUGUUUUUCACUUAUUUUUAGGUCACCUGAGUCACUCAGUUAUUUUUAGGUCACCUGAGUCACUCAGAUGAUCUCUUGCUGUCCAUGCCUGUUCGUCAUUGCCUUUUAAACAUUUUCAACAUCUCAAAAUUUUCAUCAAAAUUUUUUCGGAACAAAUAGUAUGAAUUUCAUAGUCCCUGUCUCUUUGAUGCUUCAGUAGGUGGCUCCUUUGAUGCUUCAUUUUGAAAGGUAUCUGUGACUUAUACUUGGCUCUGACUAGAGGCAGAAAAAUUUAACAUCCUUUAUUUCACCAUAAGGAUAUGCAGUUUUCAUAGUCUUAAUGAUGCAGAAAUUAGCUCCAUCUGCACACAACACUCUACGUUGUGCGAUACUCAGGUGACCUUUAAUUAAAGCCGGUGGGCCUCUUGUUUUGUUGUUGUAUAUGCACCUGAUUUAUAACCAAUAAUAAAGCAAAUUAUCAAACA